AUUUCCAAAAUAAACGAGGAGGAAAACAACAACAAAAUUUGUUUUUAUUUCACCGAUUUGUGGUUCAGAGGCAGCUACGAUGGACGACGCGUUGGAGUUAAGCGUGCAAGACAACGAAUUUGAAGCUGAAAUACCCCAAAGAAACGAAACGCAAAAUUCUAAUGUUGAAAAAAAAUUAACCACUGCGUUUGACCCAAGUGACUAUAUAUCACUGACAGAAGCGAAACAAAAACUUAUGCAAAGUCUAGAACAAUACGAUUUGAAAGACGAUGCGAUGCUGUGCUCUAGAGGCUCGGUAAAGAGCCGAUUAGGAGCCCGAAAAGAUCACAGUGUAGAGUUUAUGGACUGUUCAGAAUCGAAUGCUUUUGAGGACAGUAUUCCCUACGAGAAAUUAGGCAAAAAAGGCCACCACUCUAAUAGAGUAGACGAUAUUCCACGCAGACCCAGCAUGAAAACUUUAUGCAAACAAUUGCGUGUGAGAUGGCAUGAUAAUCCAGUGAAGAUUGGAAAAGAAAUCGCGGAGAGACUUGAGGAACACAAAUUUGCAUUGAUUAUCGAAACUGUGAAGGUCAUUGGUGGAAAGAAAGUCUUAGAACUUUUCAAGGAGACUAAAAGAAUCCAACUUAGUGGUGGAAUGAAGACUUGUAAUGGAUCAAGAAGGCGCACAAGUGGUGGAGUGUUUUUUACCUUGUUGAAAUCGAGCAACUACGCAACAGAUGAGCAAAUCAAAGAGAUUUUCAAAGAGGACUUGACCAUGAAAAAGGAAGCUUUAAAGCGUAAAAAGGCUGCCUACAGACAACGAAGGAAAGCCAGAAUGCAAACGGAACAACAAGUCACAGAUAAACCAGGCAAUACCAUGUCUGAACAAGACGAAAAUGACAGUUCUGUGAAUAUACUUGACAGUAACACCGCACAACUUGAGAGUAACACUAUGCAACUCGAGAGUAAAACCGUGCAACUUGAAAGUAACACUGCACAACUUGAGAGUAACACUGUGCAACUUGAAAGUAACACUGUGCAACUUGAGAGUAAUAUGCAAACGGAAAAUGAUGUUGUGGAACAAAGUGUUAAGCUUGAAGAAUAAUGUAUAUGUUGUAUAACGAUCGAACAUGGUGAAACUGGUCAUUUGUGUGGAGAAAUGCCAUAUUGAACCCUGAUUAAACGCGUUUUAGUUUGAUAUUUUUGUUCGGCUUACUUUUCGAAAUAACAGUCACUGUAUUUAGUUGGAGAAAAAACUCUCUUCCCUACAACCGCCAAAGUAAUUCAAGUUAAAAAUAGUAUAUCAAAACUUUUAUUUUUGCAUUGUGACAUUCUGUGUGGUGUAAACGUAAUGAGUGAAACUUUCUUUUGCGACAAAUGUUUCUGUUGGGUAAUUCGGGACGCUCGUAACGUUGAUGCAAGAGCUUGUAGUUAAUAGAAGUUAAUUGUGUUAUAUAGA